CAGGAAAGCGCUCGAGAAUUCGCCGGGGCAGUCGCGCCGACGUCGCUCUGCAGCGAUCCCAGGUGGGAAAAGCCGAGGGUCCCGCGGGAGACGCUGCGCCUGCCGCGUAAUUGCGCAUCGCCUCCAAGAGCCCGGCGAGGUGCCAGGCACCUCUUUUAGCGGGGGACGUUUUCCAAGCCAGCUUCCGUUGUCUUGUUCCCCAUCACCUUCUCUGGAAUUAAGUUAUGUCCACGGCUGCUUUAAUCAGUCUGGUUCGAAACAGCGGCCGCCAACUGCCGAGAGCCUUGCUUACAUCUCGUGCAAUUCGCCACCACAAGCGCCAGAUUUCCACCAGUGACUCCAGGGCUUCGCGUUUCGAUAUGGAUGGGAGCGGCUGCCCUGCCACAUGGGACUCCUUUGGGAUUUGGGACAACCGCCUGGAGGAGCCCAUCUUGCUCCCCCCCAGCAUCAAGUAUGGGAAGCUGAUUCCCAAGGUCAGCCUGUCGAAUGUGGGCUGUGCCACCCAUAUUGGGAAACGGAAGGAAAACGAGGACCGCUUUGAUUAUGGCCAGCUGACUGAGGAUGUCCUAUAUUUUGCCAUUUACGAUGGGCAUGGCGGGGUGGCAGCCGCUGACUUCUGCAACAAGUUCAUGCGAAAGUAUAUUCAGUGAGUAUAGGGAUUCUUUGGCUU